AUGUCGGAUCUUCUUCACGAUGCGUUGACUCGUCAUGCCUCGCAGGCGCAACUCUCGCCCCGCGCCAUGCAGGCGCUCUCCCUUCACGAGGACGGCCCUCAAGGGUCCGCUUUGGGCGAAGGCGAUGACGAACUCAUCUCGGUCCAAACCCCUAUGCCCUCGACCCCUGGUUCAGCCGCAUCAACACCGGCCGCGUCGAGGAACCCCUCUCGAUCGUCCUCCCCUUCCGGAGCCAAACGUCGAGGCGGAGCGGGCAAGCCUCGAAGGGACAAGACCAAGGAGAAGGAGAAGGCGGAAGCGAUGAACAAUGCCAUGGACCCCAUGGUCAGGUUCCCCAACGUCAUCAAUGGGAGGAUCUUUGGCGAGCUGGACAUGUUCGAUCUGUUGAGCUGCGGAUUGGUCUGCAAGAGGUGGCGCAAUUCGCAGACCAUGAGUGAGUCAAAACCCUCUCCGAACGGGCAACGGAGCGUCGGCGGCAUAGAUGCUGAAGCAAACCUCCUGAUAUCUUCAGACUACACCUGGUACCUCCUACUACAACGCUUGACCUACGUCGACCCAGCAUCACGGGCACCAGCAUAUUCGGAAUCGGACGGCUUGCCGACCUGGCGCCGAGGAGACUCCAAAAUCAAUUGGGCCGAACGGUUCGCUUCCAUCAACCGUCGAGAUGAUCUCGAAAAGCCGCUGGUUUCGGAUACGGACGAGAACGGUCUGACGAUGCAGGAAGAACGCGAACUCAAGUGGGCGGAAGAGAAUGAAGCGAAUGAUACCCAAUUCGCGGACAAAAAUGAAAUGAGGGCGUACUACAAAGUGGGUCUCUCGAGCACCUCGCUCACUAUGCACUCCCGACAGUCCGCUAAUGUUGCUUCUUUGUAUACAUCCAGUCAUUGAGAAAUGCCAAAGGGGCCAAGACCGGCGGAGGGAAAGGUGGCAUUCGAACCUGGGAAGGCGAUGGUCUCGGCGCCGAAGCUCCCACCGAUUUGGUGUGAGGGAAGAUUUUCCUCGCUUAUUGUAUGGUGAAGGAUUCUCCGUGUGUAGCCCGGUGGUAUGUUCAGGAAGUAUGUAAUGUGGAUUCAAUAUUCUCAUGGAUUGCUGCAGCGUCCGGAGUUCAUCGUUGGCGGCUGUUGAACAUGGUCAGACGUUGCCGUCGCAACGGACCGGUCCGCCCACAUAACUCACGUGCUCCGAAGUCACGUUUCUGCCUCCGCCUGACAUCAGCUUACGGCCCGAACCUACAAGAUGUGAGUCGAGAAACAAGUCGAACGCUUGAGUGUGCAACGACACUGACCGGUGCUCUCUGACAGGGUUCAAUUGAACGAGACCUUCGCAUCGGCUUCAUCGUAAGUGCACCCGAAGUGUGACCGCGCACCCAUCUCCGACCUUCGCAGUCAGCAGGAGCCGGAUAGUCGGCCACGUCCAGUCGCUGAUCUUUGCGCACAUUCUUGACAGCCUGAACGCUCCAAGAGAAGUACAAAGAAAGCCAAUACGUCAAAACCCGCUCGCCAAGACUGGACCCAGUCCCACAAGCCGCAUCAAGGCAGCCACCGCCGGUUCAGCCUCGACAACGACCUCGAACUCGAGCUCAUCGAACGAGACGGGGUCCUCUUCGUCACCUCAGUUCAUCACCGCCGCCGAACAAUCCCUCCUGGCUUAUCUUUCCGACCUCGCCAAGCCAAUCAUCAGCUCUCCGGAUUUCAAGACGCAACUACAGACGGUCAAGUCGGCAUUGUACGAGAAAGAUUAUGCUAGGGCGUUUGGGUCGGAUCUCAAUCGACUCGUUUAUACCGCCCGAUGGGUACCUUCAAGGGCCAUCAUCUACCGAAGGAUUUACAGAGAGUCGCCUGAUAUUAAGGAGACGCUGAGGGCACCCGUGUCGACGUCGAAUGCCGAGGAGGACAAGUCCAAGCCGGUCAAGGUCUUGAUGCUCGGUGGAGGCGCCGGGUCCGAAGUGAUCGCCUUGGUCUCGUUAUUGGAACGCGUGACGGACUGGUCGAACAGAGUCGAGAUCACAGCAAUCGACAACUCGGAUUGGUCCGAGAUCAUCAAACAGCAAUCCCAAGCCUUGUUUUCGUCUUACCCCGAAACCCUUUCCCCGGCGCGCCUGGCCAUCAAAUUCUUACAAGCCGAUGUGCUCACCGCCUUCCCCACUCCAGAUAUCCCCUAUGCCGAAGCCAAGCUCGUCACCAUCCUCUUCACAAUCUCGGAACUACUCUUGCAAGCACGCUCGACGACACUGUCCUUGCUCGCCCACCUCACGCAAGCAUGUCAACAAGGGACGUUGCUCCUAAUCGUUGAAUCGGCCGCAUUGGCGCAGAUCCCAAUCGGAAGCUCAGGGCGGACCUACCCACUAGGUACACUGUUGGACCAUGCCUUGGCCCCACCUCGAGUCUCAUUCAAGGGUCGUAAAGAAGGCGAGCCGAAGGAAGGGCCAAAGUGGGAGAUCGUGCGAUCGGAGGACUCGGUCUGGUACCGGAUGCCGAUCGGGGCGAGCGAUUGUUAUCCUCUAACUUUGGAGAACUCGAGGGUCGUGUUGAGACUGUAUAGGAAGCUGUGA